AUGGACGUGUGUCCAACGAAUGUAUCAAAAGAGAAGAUUGAACGUGCUGAACGAUUCGCAAAAUUAAUUCAAGAGAAAUGUACUUCAUACAUGGAGCUGUUGACUAACGUACGAGAGCAUAUACUUUUAUUGGCCGAUGGGGUGACGGACAUUCCGGAAUUUGAUAGCAAUGUUAAUGCUACCACGUAUGGAGUUUUGUGUGGUUCCUUAAAAUAUGUUUUUACUUUGUUUUGCUCAUUACUGAAGAAAGGUUGA